AUGGGAUCAGUACGAACACCUCUGGUCAUAGAACCAGCGACAGCAGACGACAUCGAGGCCUUAAACGAGAUAUGGUUCACAGCUUUCGCGAAAGACGCAGGAAUGAUGCGCCUGUUCCCCGACACGCCGGUUCUGCGCGGCUGGAUGGCGGAUUGCCACGCUCACGAUUUCAAGAACCGCCCAUACCAAUUCUAUCUUAAAGUCGUUGAUCCCGAUACGAAAGAUGCGCAGGGUCGGCCGAGUGUGGUCGCGUAUGGGAAGUGGGAUUCGAAGACGGCGGAAUUUCGAGGGCCUCGCUUUCUUCCUUGGGCUGAGGAGACUCCGGCCGAUGAGUGUACAAAGGUGUUUAAUAUGCUGGAGGCGAACCGGAGGCGUGUGAUGGGUGAUACCUUGAUACCCUCUGCACACUCCCCGAGUACGGAAAGACGCGGCGCUGGCUCGAUGCUGGUGAAAUGGGGCUGCGAUUUCGCCGAUAAACACGGGCUUCCCGCAUACGUCGAUGCCAGCAAGUUCGGCGCACCAUUAUAUGAGAAAUUCGGAUUUGUGGAUCGCAGUCUGCCUGAUCAAGGCGAGAUCGCGUCGAUGACCCGACCCAAGACAACUGCUUGA